UGAACUAAACACCGCCUCCAUUUUCUCGUGUGUAUGUUUUUGCACCGUUGAUGUAAGCUGGAAGGUACAACAGGACCGAACGCAGAGACACUAUAUAAUCAGAAAUGGACGGCAUCAGCGAUGUUGCAGUUGGAGUGAAGAGAGGAUCAGAUGAGCUGAGUAUGUACAACAGUCCCAACAAUGGCAUGAGCAGUAUGAGUGAUGGAGUUCCAGUGGCAGUGAUAGUAAAAGCUGAGGGUAGAGGAAGCACCACCGUCUCGUGUGCUUCACAUCAGGAAGUUGCCCAACGAAGCCUCGAGACGGAAUCAUUGCCUGGCUUACCUUUUGGAAAAGUCACAAUAUCCUUUACCCUUAAGGGAAAGAACCAAGCUUUUUUGGAGAUGGGCGCUGAAGAUGCUGCCAUCACCAUGGUUAACUACUACACUACCGUCACUCCUCACAUCCGCAACGUCCCUGUCUUUAUUCAAUACUCAAAUCACAAGGAGCUCAAAACUGAUGCCGGCAAUCAGCGGACCCAGGCGGUGCUGCAGGCGGUUUCGGCAGUUCAGUCUGGUGCGUCCCCUGCCUCAGAUGUCCAGGAAAUACUUGCCACCGCCUCUAGUCCAGUACUGCGGAUCAUCAUCGACAAUAUGUUCUACCCUGUAACACUGGAUGUUCUACAACAGAUUUUUUCCAAGUUUGGUACCGUCAUGAAGAUAAUCACAUUCACUAAGAACAACCAGUUCCAAGCCCUUCUGCAGUUCAGCGAACCUGUCAACGCCCAGCAGGCUAAACUGGCACUUGACGGUCAGAAUAUCUACAAUGCGUGCUGCACACUGCGGAUUGACUUCUCCAAGCUUGUCAACUUAAAUGUCAAAUAUAACAAUGAUAAGAGUCGUGAUUACACACGACCAGAGCUGCCUGCUGGUGAUGGCCAACCCACCAUGGACCCUGCUGUAGCUGCAGCUCUCAGCAAAGACAACUCCCUCCUUGGUAAGAUUCCAGGAGCCCUGAACCCACUCAGUGCAGCAGCGGUCGCUGCUGCUGCUGCAGGAAGGGUGGCGCUAGCUGGACAGACAGGGUCCAGUGGGGUGCUCUUGGUCAGCAAUCUGAAUGAAGAGAUGGUUACGCCCCAAAGUCUGUUUACCCUCUUCGGAGUCUACGGUGAUGUCCAGAGGGUGAAAAUUCUUUACAAUAAGAAAGACAGCGCUCUCAUUCAGAUGUCCGAUGCCAACCAGGCUCAGUUAGCCAUGAGCCACUUGAAUGGCCAAAAGAUGUAUGGGAAAAUUAUCAGGGCCACGCUAUCCAAACACCAGACGGUGGCACUGCCUCGCGACGGCCUGGACGACCAGGGCCUGACCAAGGACUAUGCGAACUCUUCCCUUCAUCGCUUCAAGAAACCUGGAUCCAAGAACUUUCAAAACAUUUUUCCACCAUCUGCCACUCUCCAUCUCUCCAACAUCCCGCAAGAUGUCACAGAGGAUGACCUACGACUGCUCUUCUCAAACGCCGGAGGCACUGUGAAAGCAUUUAAGUUUUUCCAGGAUCGCAAAAUGGCAUUGAUCCAGAUGUCGACAGUAGAAGAGUCUGUCCAAGCUUUGAUUGACCUUCACAACUACAACAUGGGAUGUAACCAACACCUAAGAGUUUCCUUCUCAAAGUCCACCAUUUAACACUUUGACCCCAAAUUAAAAAAACAAAAACGAUUCAUUCACUCAAUUGUCAGAAGCUAUUUUUGGUUGAGGGAAACGUCAUGUUCAUCCAAAAUUGGGAAUGUUGGAGUUGACUCGCCAGCUAUUUCCAAUACCUCUGGAAAAGAUUGACGUUGAUUGUUAUUCCGUAUGAUACUUUGAUGUAGAGCAGCAUUUAUUUCUUAAUGUAGACAAAAAUAUACACGUGCCUUAUUUGAUAUCAGCUAUCCAGAGCAUACACAUUUAUUAAGACCCCUCAUAUGCUUUUUAUACUCAUGGAUAUACUCUAAACAGUAUCGGGUUUGUUAGACAUGACAACUCUUUCGAGCAUUGCCACCGCUCAGGUUGUUUGGAUUUUUCACUUUGGAUUGUGGAGUUUCGAUUUCUGAUAUUUACUUUUAACGCCAGUCCCCAGCCAACAAACUACUGUGUUCUUCUCCUUAAACGUGUCCUUAUUUUUGGCUUUAAUAGCAUUCCCACUCUCCCCCUGCUUCUGUAUUUUCAGUAAUGACUUUUGGUGACAACGUGGCUUGCAUAUUUUAUGGCUGGUUUUCAAACAUUUGCUGUCUUUUACAUAGCAGUAUGAUAUUGUCAACAUUUUAUUUGAAGCAAUGUAUGGUUACAAAACAGGUUACUUGAGACUUUUACUCAGUUGGACCAAAGUUUCCGUGCCUUAAGUAUUCCUGUGAUUCAAAAAAAAAAACAAAGUUGGCAUUUCCAAGAAUUUGAGUGCCGAUUUGAGUCAUCUUUUCUGCAUUUCUUCUGUAGCAUGCUAAAUAAAACUUUUCUCAAAUAGU